AUGAAUCCUUUCCUUUUCUUUUUGCCGCUGAUAUGCGCGCAGGUAGAGCAAAAACACAUGCUGUUCCUGACUGGGGAGGUCGAUGGAGAGCGAUAUCAACAAGGAAGCUACAGCGUUCACGUGGAUGUCUUCAAUAAGCCGGUUGAUGGAGUUCAGAUUGCAAAAGCGGCGGAAACACCUUACGGGGUCUAUCAGUCUAGCGGUGUGGACUCGAACGCGCUUUUCCAGACGAUUCUUGCUUCGUUUACUCGAUUGGAAGAGGCUGAGUUUGACUACGAACGACACAUUUUCUGCCAAGGGCUCUAG